AUGGCGCGGCGGGCACAGCUUGCCCAACGCCAGAAUUUACACCAGUCACCAUCACCACCAUCGUCAUCAAAACCCUCCGCAAAUGAUGAACACGGCUCUUCCUCGACCCGUCUCCAACAAGCCCAUGAGUCAUUGACUGUCAUACUACCAAUGCUCAAUGCGUUCAACCAUCGACAUCACAACCAGCACCGUGCUUCCCACUGGUGGUCGACAUUUGGAAUACUGCGCCGCUCCCUCCAGUCUCUUGCCCAGUGUUUAGACUGGAAGUCCUUGGAUUCCAGUCGCAGUCGCGCUGAUAAGAUUAUCGCCCGAGCAUCUUGGCUGAAUAGCCACAUCCUGCCACGAGCUUUUCUUGGCUUCAGUCAACUAGCCGCAGAUAACCAGCAUGCGCCGUUGGGCUUGUUGCUACUUGCUGUACUUGGCCAGGUCCAUGAUUUCUUAUCGCCUCUGUUACCAGAGGGCGCGGCAGCGGCUGAGGCAAUUCCACUGGCACAAAAGUCUACCGAUUCCACGUUGCAUAACUCGCUUUCCAUUGCGAAUAUCGAACAUCUCGACAGAGGUGUAGUGAUUUCUAGAGGUGCUGUGUCACAGACCGACAGCCGGGUUAACAUUGUCACCCAGUCAAAGAAGCACAACCGAACCGAGCCAAAGUUGAGUACCGAUCAAACAUCCAAGGGUGCAGCAGAGGGGAACAAGAGGCAAAAGAAAAGGAAGAAGAGCUCUGGUGAUGAAUUAUCUAGUUUAUUUGGCUCCCUAUCAUAG